AUGCUGAAGCCAAGAUUAUUCUCAACAUUGAGGCGUCUACAGCAUGAGAACCCUCUCGGCCUUCCGCGCUCCGGCGCGCCGCCGCAAAUGCCUCGGAUGCAGCGAGGAUUGCCACAGAAGAGAAGCAUCAAAGACGUGAAAAAGGUCAUUGCCGUUUCAUCAGCCAAGGGUGGCGUUGGAAAAAGUACCAUUGCCGUAAAUCUGGCCUUGAGCUUUGCGCGACGUGGCUACAGGGCUGGCAUUCUGGAUACAGAUAUAUUUGGUCCAUCGAUACCAACUCUGCUUAAUCUAUCUGGCGAGCCUCGACUAUCUGCUAACAACCAAUUGCUACCACUAUCCAAUUAUGGUCUCAAAUCCAUGUCUAUGGGUUAUCUGAUUCCCGAGUCUUCGCCCGUAGCAUGGCGGGGCCUCAUGGUAAUGAAAGCCAUGCAGCAAUUGCUCCAUGAAGUGGAGUGGGGAGGUCUGGACAUUCUUGUCCUUGACAUGCCACCCGGGACUGGAGACGUCCAGCUCACAAUUACACAACAGCUAAUCUUAGACGGCGCUCUCAUCGUCUCUACGCCGCAAGACCUAUCACUCAAAGACGCGGCAAAAGGCGUUGAGCUCUUUCAAAAAGUCGACGUCAAGUUGCUGGGCCUCGUAUGCAACAUGGCAGGCUUCAAAUGUCCAGGAUGCGGAGGCUUCCAUGAGGUUUUUGGAAGCAUGACGAAUAUCAGGGCCAUGUGUAGCAAGUAUGACUUGAACAUGCUAGGCGAGAUCCCGUUACACAGCAGCAUCGGUGAUAAUGCAAAUUAUGGUAAACCGACCGUCGUAUCGGAGCCAGACGGAGACCAUGCCAAGGCCUUUAGAGCCAUUGCCGAGGAAUUGGAGGGACUGAUUGGGCUAUAUAAAUAA